AUGAUAACCCUUCUAAUAACACACAUUAUUAAUCCAUUAGCAUACAUCGUACCAGUACUAUUAGCACUAGCCUUCCUGACACUCCUAGAACGCAAAGUACUAGGGUAUAUACAACUACGCAAAGGCCCUAACGUAGUAGGCCCAUAUGGACUACUACAACCAAUCGCAGAUGGUGUAAAACUAUUUAUUAAAGAACCCAUCCGCCCAUCAACCUCCUCACCCUUCCUCUUCCUAACAACCCCAGUAUUAGCCCUCACCCUCGCCCUAAUACUAUGAGCCCCCAUACCAAUCCCAAACCCAGUAGCAGAUAUAAACCUAGGUAUACUAUUUAUCCUAGCCCUAUCCAGCCUAGCAGUAUACUCCAUUCUAGGAUCAGGAUGAGCAUCCAAUUCAAAAUAUGCCCUAAUCGGAGCACUACGAGCAGUCGCCCAGACCAUUUCUUAUGAAGUAAGCCUAGGACUAAUUCUAUUAUCUACCAUUAUCUUUACCGGAGGUUUCACCCUACAAAUAUUUAACACAACCCAAGAAGCCGUCUGACUAAUAUUACCUGCUUGACCACUAGCUGCCAUAUGAUAUAUCUCCACCCUAGCAGAGACAAACCGAGCACCCUUCGACCUCACAGAAGGAGAAUCAGAACUAGUAUCAGGCUUCAACGUAGAAUAUGCAGGAGGUCCAUUCGCAUUAUUCUUCCUAGCCGAAUACGCCAACAUCCUACUAAUAAAUACACUAUCCACAAUUCUAUUUCUAGGUGCCACCUAUACCCCUAUCACCCCAGAAUUAGCUUCCAUUAACAUUAUAACAAAAGCAGCACUACUUUCAGUCCUAUUCCUAUGAAUUCGAGCAUCCUACCCACGGUUCCGAUAUGACCAACUUAUACAUCUCGUAUGAAAAAACUUCCUACCAAUAACACUAGCACUUAUCCUAUGACAUGCUGCCUUACCAAUUGCACUCACAGGAUUACCCCCACAACUGUAA